AUGUUCCAUCAGGUGUUCGUGUCCCUGGAGGACCGAGGUGCUCUGUGUUAUCUCUGGUGGCCAGGUGGAGAUUUUACAAAGGACCCAAAAACCUUCCAGAUGUUGGUUUAUAUCUUUGGAGCGACUUCGGUGCCCAGUGUUUGCAGUUGCACAUUAAAGAGAACAGCUUUAGACAACAGCGAAACUUUCUCCUUGGAGACCAUUGAUACAGUCCUGAGAGACUUUUAUGUUGAUGAUCUGCUCAAGUCCUUCAAAACCAGUGUUGAUGUAGUACAGAUUACAAAGGAGCUUCAAGAGCUACUUGUGAAAAGAGCAUUUCAGUUCACCAAGGUGAAGUCCAACGAACGAGAAGUCCUAAACGCUUUACCACCUGAGCAUCAUGCACCAGCCGUCAAGAAUUUGGAUCUCAAGCUAAACAGCCUGCCAAUGGAUUGA